AUGAAGAUUUUUUUCCGCUCCCAGAUGCUCAGACUCAUCUGGCUCACCAAGCCAUCUGGCCGGUGCUUUCACAGAGAUCACCAGCUUUGGGUGCCUCUAACUCUGGAUGACUUUGAAGCCAUAAAUCGCUGUGAGAGAUCACUGCCUAAGAACUUUAACUUUGCUGGGGAUGUGCUGGACCAGUGGUCCCGAAAAGAGAAGACAGGAGAGAGACCGGCCAGCCCAGCCCUGUGGUGGGUGAACGGCAAAGAGGACGAGGUGAAGUGGAGCUUUGGAGAAUUGGGCUCCUUGUCCCGAAAGGCUGCCAAUGUGCUCACCAAGCCCUGUGGCUUAGAGAGAGGAGACAGAGUGGCCGUGAUUCUGCCCAGAAUCCCAGAAUGGUGGCUCAUAAUCGUGGCUUGUAUGAGAACAGGGCUUGUCUUCAUGCCGGGAACAACCCAGUUGACAGCAAAAGACAUCCUCUAUCGGCUGCGAGCAUCCAAGGCCAAGUGCAUUGUGACCAGCGAGGAGGUGAUCCCGGCAGUGGAGUCCAUCGUGUCAGAGUGUCCAGACUUGAAGACCAAACUCCUGGUGUCCCCACACAACAGGAGUGGGUGGCACAGCUUCCAAGAGUUACUUCAAACUGCCCCUGCAGAGCACAGCUGUGUGGAGACAGGAAGUCAAGAACCAAUGGCCAUUUAUUUCACCAGUGGGACCACAGGCUCGCCCAAGAUGGCCCAGCACUCUCAGAGCAGCCUUGGAAUUGGGUACACCCUCUGUGGAAGGUACUGGCUAGACCUGAAGUCCUCAGACGUCAUAUGGAAUAUGUCUGACACUGGCUGGAUCAAGGCUGCCAUCGGCAGUGUAUUUUCCACCUGGCUUCAGGGAGCCUGUGUUUUUGCGCAUCAGAUGGCUCAUUUUGAUGCUGACACCUUCCUAGAUACGCUUACCACUUACCCCAUCACGACCUUGUGCAGUGCUCCCACUGUGUACCGGAUGCUUGUGCAGAAAGACCUUAAGAGAUAUAAAUUCAAGAAGCUGCGGCAUUGCUUGACAGGAGGGGAGCCACUCAACCCAGAGGUGCUAGAACAGUGGAAGGUGCAAACUGGUCUGGAACUGUACGAGGGCUACGGACAGACAGAAGUGGGAAUAAUUUGUGCCAAUCAGAAAGGACAAGAAAUUAAACCAGGCUCAAUGGGGAAAGGAGUACUUCCCUACGAUGUCCAGAUUAUAGAUGAAAAUGGCAACAUCCUACCACCUGGAAAAGAAGGGGAAAUUGCCCUCAGACUAACAUCUACACGGCCCUUCUGUUUCUUCUCUGAAUAUGUGGACAAUCCAGAGAAAACUGCUGCCACCGUAAGAGGGAAUUUUUAUGUCACUGGAGACAGAGGCGUGAUGGACAGUGAUGGUUAUUUCUGGUUUGUUGGCAGAGCUGAUGAUGUCAUCAUAUCCUCUGGGUACCGGAUCGGGCCGUUUGAGGUGGAGAGUGCGCUAAUUGAGCACCCAGCAGUUGUUGAGUCAGCUGUUGUCAGUAGUCCAGAUCCAAUCAGAGGAGAGGUAGUGAAAGCUUUUGUUGUCUUAUCUGCACCCUUUAAAUCAGCCAAUCCGGAGAAAUUAACUCUUGAACUUCAGGAUCAUGUGAAAAAAUCAACUGCACCUUACAAAUAUCCAAGAAAGGUGGAAUUUGUUCAAGAACUACCAAAGACAAUCACUGGAAAAAUCAAACGCAACGUUUUAAGAGAUCAUGAAUGGGGUCGAACAUAG